UUUGGGUACACUUCGAAAACUCGCGCGGAAACUGCAUACCGUAAAUAAACGCGACCGGGUUGGAAGUUUGUUAUGAAUGUAUCUAAGUACUGCUAAAUGGACGUAAAUGCUAAUUAAAUGGAGCCUGUACGCGGUUCUAAACGAGGGGCCCACAAAAUACCCAAUCUGAAAAGCAAGACUAAAUCUCAAAAGAUUAAUCCAGCAUCAGAGCAUCCGGAUUCCCCACUCAGUGACGACAAUGACAAGAACACUCACCAGAAAUCGCCAAGGAAAAGAAAAGUUUCCCGCAAGGUCACCGGUCAAGAAGGAAACCUAAAGAAGAUCGGGAGGUCCUCCAUCACUACACUGGAGAGCAUGAUGGACCUGGCAAUACUAGCAACUCUUGUUUUGAGACGGACGGAGAAGGAGGAGAGCCAGGAACAUUUAAAUAUUCUGAAAAACAGGUUCCUAACUCAUUGUGCAGAGCUUCAAGUCCCAGUGAAGAAACAGGAAGCGUUAGGACAUACUUCACAACGCCACCAGGAGGAACGCAAAAAGUCAGCAGUCGGGAAGCAGACUCUUAGCUCUCUUGAGAAAGACCUGAAAGGUGUGGUUAGUGCGCUGGAGAGCACAGAGCAGCAGAUGUCCUCUUUGCAGAAUGCAUGCAGUUCUCUGAGGGAACGAGUGGAAGAAGAGGAGGAGAACGCAAAGGAGAUUUUACAGAGAAGCCAUCAGUCAGUCCUCAGCCUUCCCUUUCAUGCACCACGGAAAGAUGAAACAACUUUAGAGGCUCGCUUGAGAAAGCAAGUACCAGACACAGAAUGUGACAGCACUGCUCGCAAAUUGGGAGAAAUCUUGCAAAAAUCAGAAGCUGUUAAAAAUGCAGAGGCCCUGCUUACUCAAGCACACAAACAUUUGGAUCAGCUGUGAAACUUUGUUCCCUGUCCAUGGUGGUCCUUGUUCAGAAGGUAAAUACCUGCUGACUUAUUUAGAAAAGAAAUAUUAAAAGGAACGAUUUUGGCGUAUUAUAGGCAUUGCAAACUUAAAUAGCUGCAGAAAUGUGAUACUCAAAGCCACUAUGUUUUACUGCAACAUUACCAAAAAGACUAUUUGAAAAUUCACAUUUGGAAGUUUUAAGUAAUUCAGAAAAAAAGCAUAUGUAAGAAUAAUAAAAU